GUCAAUUUUCUCUGCGCGGAGACUGAGAAGUUAGCGCAAGAGCUCUCUGUGUACAAAUUGAAUCGUCAGAGUGGAGUUAGUGUCGGUGUUAAUUGGCUGGAAAAAAGCCUAAUAAAAAAGGGCAUUUUGGGCUCCCUCAUAUGCAUGGAGUUUAUCAUAGACAUUAUUGUCAGCGUUAUUGCGAAUAACGGAAUAACGUCGCCCCGUACCAUAAGCCUAGAUAGAGUCCAGAAGAACGCAAAAUGUCAGGUGCAGCCAUUUCAGUGAAGAAGAAGCGAAGGCUUGGGAGUAAACCGGAGGUAGAAUCUUCGCAAACAUCUCCGCCCAAAGAUUCCAAGAAGCUGAAACGAGCACAAGAACCCACUGCAGUGCAGGAGUCCGCUGGUGUGUCCAUGUACAGUGAGGAACAGGAAGUGUUGAAGCGUGAUGGCCAACAAGACCUGGAACUCCAUCGCAGCGAGUGCGCCAAGCUACGCCAGAUCAUGGAAGAAAUUCAGUCUGCCAAACAGAGCGGUGCUGAAGAUAAGGAUGAGUACAUAGCCAGCAGACGCAUGCAAGCCUCACUGCAUUUCAUCACCCUGAAGAAGCUGAACCGCGUGGCCCACCUGCGCUGCAAGGCGGUGCGGGAGACCACCAUGGGGGGCAAGCAGCGGGUGGACAGCCUGCACCUGCAGCUGCAGAACCUGCUGUACGAGGUCAUGCACCUGCAGAAGGAGAUCAAGAAAUGCCGGGAAUUCAAAUCCAAGGAUGAAGACAUUGAGCUGGUGGACGUUGAGACUUUCUACCGUGAAGCUCCGUCGGAGAUCUCGGCCCCCCAUGCCACCAAGAAGGACCCUCACAAGCAGCGGUUGGCCAGGCUGGACUGGGAGCUGGAGCAGAGGAAGAGGCUAGCUGAGAAGCUGAAAGACUGUCAGAGCAACACCGAUAUCCUGGCAAGAGAGAUAAACACCAAGGAGGAAUAUCUGGACAGCCUCCAGCCACAGCUAGCCACCAUCCUCCAGGCCACCAUACCUGUUCAGGAGUACCUCUCCAUGCCCAUCCAUGAGAUCCGUGCCCAGCACCAGACUGCCAAGCUGUUACCUAGACCACUCUACAUCCUAUAUGUCCAGGCCAGUGCCUACCAGGAGGCUAGAGAUUCCUCCAUGUCCCUGAAGAUUGAAGGUGAUAAAGAUGCUGUGAUUUCUGCUGGCUCUGCGUCACCUGUCAUUGAGGAAGAGAGCGACUCCGAUAAUGAGGAGAGUCUUACUCAAUCGAAGCGGCGGCGGAAGACGAUUGGAAACAAGCUGGAAGAGAAGAGACAGAAGUUACUGGCCAAGCACCCUCUGCAGGUCGUCAUGACCCUGAAGUUUAAGGACGGCUCAGUGUUGACAUUGACUUUCUCCUACCUGACAUCGCUUCACAUCGUCACGGUUGGCGUCGACUUGAAACUGUCUCCUGUGGCUAAGACCCCUGCAGUUGCUAGCAGUGAUCUCCUUUCACCUGAUCAGCUGCUAAGCUGCCUCUAUUAUGGAGAUACUGGACAAGUCUCGCCCAAUUCCUCCAAUGCUUACCAGUUUAGCAAACUGGGCAUGGAUUCCAUGAGUUCCUACAUCAGCGAGACAGGUCACCCAUACCGCUGGGCCCAGUGGCUGGCCGGCCUGGAUUUCCUUCCGGAGGACAGAGAAGAGACCAAAGCCAUGACAGCUGUCAGCACUAGCCACAUGGAGUCCACCCUGAAAGCUUUGAGAUCCCGCACUCGGGCAAGACUGGCAUUGACAAAGCAACUGACCUCUUUAGAGCAUAAUACGGUACCAGUACCAGCCCAGUCUGUGGGUCUGUUCCCGGCCAAGAUUGCAGCCAGGCUAACAUCGUGGGUGAAAAUAACCAAGGAGGAUUUUCAAGCUCUACCCUUCUUGAAGGGCUCUCCGACCCUAGACCUCGCCGAAGACUACCAGCAUUUUUAUCUGGCGACUUGUUCAAGAGGAUCGGCGAUUCUGAAAGCGGCUGUGUUGUUGAGUGUGGACUACCCACGAUGCCCUCCUCACAUCCUUGUUGGUGUCACGCUGACUGGGGAGCACAAUGACAGCAAUGACAAUGACAUCCGGGAUUUAGAAUCAGAACUGAAUCUCCACUACGAUGAGCUAGUCACUGAGAAGUCCCACGACUACCUGCUGUCCAGUCAGCUGCAACGCCUGCUCAUGUGCUUUGACGUGUACGUGGAGACACGACGGGAGGGGGAGGGCGACGGGGCGGAGGGCCCCACUGAAUUUGCCCGGGAGAAGAUGUUCAUCAGACUGACCAGGGGAAGAGGACGGUCCAAGCCUUACAAGUACAACGCCCAGUAUCGUUACUUUACUCAACGGUAAGUCUUCCAGCUCCCCGACUACAUUCUGUCAGGCGCUCUUCAGACCUCAAGUAACGUUGUUUCAUACAAUCAGUACCCUCGCAUUUGUUACAAGUCACAGUGAUGCGUCUCUAUUUUUACAGAUCAUACGUUCAUGCCAACUCUCUCCCAGGCUCUUAAAUCCCCCCCUUGUAAUUUUUUUAAGCAGCGCUGCCCACGAAGGGCGCCUGGUUUAAUUAAAAUGAGUGAUGUCACAAAUAGUUUCAGCUUUGUGGCCUUAAUAACCACUUUCUGCCGGGGAUUCCGGAUCCGGACACGUAUACUUUAUAUGUGUGACCGGGCUCUCCGAACUCGGACAAAUGGAACAGGGCCUUGCAACCAAAGACUGUACUCGGAACAAAAGACUAGGCUGCUGGGCAUUGCCGACAUUUUUUCACUCUCAAAAGUGGAGAUAAUCCAGCCUUGUUUGGAAUCAGUACACCACGGUUGGGGGCAUUUAGAGCGAGCGGAUUACCACCCUGGACAAAAGCGCUCCACCACCGCAGCGAUGAACCACACAGCACAC